AUGCUGGCGUUGCCGUUCGGUUUUCGACCAAACUGUCACCCAAAACCAAUGGGUGGCUGCAAAUGUGACAUCACCGAAGGAGAUUUGAAUACUGAAAUCGAGUUCGACAAUAAUGAGGACUGCAAAAAGCCGAUUGAAAUGGUUACCGCUGACAACAAAAAGAAGUUGAAUAAGGAGAUCGAGCAGAAAUUCGGCGCUUUCAAGGACAAUUGUUUCCCGAAGCCAUCUGGUGGCUGCAAAUGCAACGUUGAUUUGGGACAUGGCGAAGAAGUGGUCGAAUACUCCUCGGACGCUGAAUGCAAGAAGAGCCUCGAAAGACAAACAGCGGAACACAAAGUUGAAUUGAAUGAAGAGAUCAAAGAGAAAUUCGGAGAUUUCAAGGUCAGUUUCAUUAUGAUCAAUGGCCACAUUUCAUGGUUGCGCCAAUCUACCAGGUAG